AUGACAAACAGUAAUCCUAUCGUUACAGUAUCACCAGCGAAAUCGCCAAUAUCAGCGCUUUGGAAACAGUGGAGCAACAAUCCUAAAAGCGCUUCAAGUGAAUCGCUAGGGCUUCCGUCGAUUAAUCAAAGCAAAGCCGGAUCAGAUUCAAAAAAAUCGGUAUACUCAGACGUCAACUCGCAAGCAUUGAGCAAAAAUACCAUGAGUGCACUGUCAUCGUCACCCCAACCAUCGGAUGAUUACAAAAACUAUCGAGAUAAUUUUUUAUCGAAUCGACAUGGCUUUACUGGAAGAGUUUUUGGAGUAUCAUUGUCUGAGUCCUUAAGCAUAGCUAGUGCCGAGGUUAUUGUUCAAAGUGAAUUGGUAAGCUUUGGAAGAAUACCCGUUGUGGUUGCUAAAUGUGGGGCAUAUUUGAAAAAGUACGGCCUUGAGACUUCGGGUAUAUUUCGAAUUGCAGGAAACAGUAAACGUGUCAAGGAAUUACAGUAUAUAUUCUCGUCUCCCCCAGAUUAUGGAGCAAAAUUUUCUAGUUGGGACUCGUAUACAGUACACGAUGUCGCAUCAUUAUUGAGAAGAUACUUGAAUAAUUUAAAAGAGCCUUUGAUUCCUUUAGAUCUUUACGAAGACUUUAGGAAACCUUUGAAGGAUAAACCUCGGAUAAUAAAAUAUAUGACAAGUCAGCCCGUGAUGAAUCCAGGUCAAUCGGGAAACAACGCAAAUACAAUUAAGAGUAACAAAGAUGCACAGCAGGCAGUUGUUCCCGUAGAUGACAGAGAAAAUGAUGGUGACGAGGAACUAGAAGAUGAUAGUAAAACUUUGGCUGAAGAAGAAAACAAGAAGAAACAGCGUCACAAGAAAAGGCUAAUACGGGAUAUCAGAGCGGCGAUUAAGGAUUACGAAACACUUUUCAUCUCAAUUUCCAAUGAUGCUAAACAAUUAACGAUCUAUUUGUUAGAUCUGCUAAGUUUAUUUUCAAGACAAUCGCAGUUCAAUUUAAUGUCUGCUAGAAAUCUGGCUGCCAUUUUUCAACCUUCAAUACUUUCACAUCCACAACAUGACAUGGAUCCAAGGGAAUAUGAGCUGUCCAGGGUUGUAACAGAGUUUCUAAUUGAAUACUCCUACAAACUAUUACCUCAUCUCCUAAAAUUGGCGAAGUCAGAACAAGAAAUAGCGAAAAUCGAGUCACAGAAGAAGUCUAAAACAUCUGCUAAGGAAGAGCAGUUAAAAGAACGGGUAAAUGCCGACGUAGUAAAAACUGCGAAAGUUGUAAUCGCAAAUGAGGAAAAGGAAGAGUUGACGACUGCCAUACCGUCUUCAAAACCGAUCAAUAUCUUACCUCCUAAAAAAAUUGAUAUUAGUCAAGCGACUGGUAUCAGUUUUUCUGCGGACAAAAAAUAUGAGAUGUCCCCAAAGAAACAACAGCUGCAACUGCCGAGACAUGGAAGGCCACAUUCGAAAUCUUUUGGCUCUGUUGUGACACCGCCUGAUGUGAUUGCGAGCAGCAAACGGAGAUCUAAGUUGUUUCCUUGGCUACAUAAACCGGGCAUAUUAAGCGAUAACGGUGGAGACCUAACAGCAACCGAAGAAGAAGGUGAGGAAGGAUAUUUCGAUGAAAGAGAAAGUGAUGGCUUUGCACAAUCUCCUGGAAGUUCGUUCUCCAACUCGGCGCCAAGACAGGUUUACCUGCCAAUACCGAAUAUGGAUCGUAGCUUAAGUUGGAACAGCAUCACAUCUCCUAGUCGUCGACCUAUGUCUACGAUCUUCAGUGGCAGUAGAAACAACUCAGUUGAAGCCUUCGAGGGGUUAUCAUCUGCAAGAAGAGCAAGAAGCUCGUCGGGCAACGAGCAGUCUAAUCUGGGAACAUCCUCAAACCCAAUGGCCGAUGGCCAAGAGGAAUCGACGGAAGAACGCCAUUCGAGAUCCCGCAGAAGCGAAUCUUGGUUUAGGAGGCUUAGAAGUCGCUCAAGAUCUAAGACACGUUCCUAG